AUGAGUCGUUAUGGAGUGUCAACAUCUUCUGCAGCGGGGAGGAAGACGCACAACGAAAAGAACCAGCAAAUUCUAAAGGCCCUUCUGAAAGAGCCGGCUAACAGGUUUUGCUCGGAUUGCAAAAAUGCCAGUCAUCCCAGAUGGGCGAGUUGGAAUUUGGGGAUCUUCAUCUGUAUUAGGUGCUCGGGUAUCCAUCGCAGCAUGGGCACUCAUAUCUCUAGGGUGAAAUCGGUGGACCUAGACUCAUGGACCGAUGAGCAGGUGGCAUCAAUGGUCAAGUGGGGAAACGACAGGGCAAAUGCUUAUUGGGAGGCUAAACUUCCCUCAGGUCACGUUCCUGAUGACUCCAAGAUCGAGAAUUUCAUCCGCACGAAAUACGACUUGAAGAAAUGGGCGGCUUCACCCACCGUCCCUGAUCCUUCCUCAAUCAAUGUUGGAGCCUCUUCUCAACCACAGGCUCAAGUCCAGCGUCAACAGGCUCCAAUUGCCGCGUCCGUGCCGGCACCACCAGUUCAACAGCCUCAACAGGGAUCACUGUUGGACCUCGACUUCAUAUCUGCCCCAGCCAAAGAUGCUCCUCCACAACAGCCUCUAGUGUCACAACAAACCUCUUCUUCUGCAUCCUCGUUCCUGGAUACUCCAGUUGAGAACAAAAACACGAGGCCAGACCUGAAGAAGUCCAUCCUUUCGCUGUACUCCACACCAACAGCAUCGCAGUCCAGCUUCAACACCGCAAUACCUCAAACCAAUUACACCACCACCCCGGCAGCCACUACGGCAAACACAUGGGCCCAGCCUCAACCACAACAGUCGAACGUGUGGGCCUCGUCUACAAGUGCGCAGCCAAAGACCAACCCAUUGGACGACGAUCUGUUCAAGAACGUAUGGAACUAG